AUGUGUUUGCAGUCAGACCUCCCUGCUACAACCCUGGCCUGCAAAAUGUCCUUCGGUUCCUCGUUAGAAAAGCCAGCUUUGUCCACCAGGGACGACCGGACCGCCCCUGGGGACAAACCUGUCCAGAGGUCCAAGUCUUUCAGCUUUAACACCCAGAAGGAGCUGUGCUCCUCCUGCGAGAAGACCGUCUACCCCAUGGAGCGCCUGGUGGCCGAUAAGCUCGUCUUUCACACUUCCUGCUUCUGCUGCAAGCACUGCAAUGCCAAGCUCAGCCUGGGCUCCUAUGCCGCCCUGCAGGGCGAGUUCUACUGCAAGCCACACUUCCAGCAGUUGUUCAAGAGCAAGGGCAACUACGACGAGGGCUUCGGCCGGCGCCAACACAAGGAGCUGUGGGCCUCCAAGGAGGCAGAGGGAGUCACCAAGACUCCGUAACUCCACCCUCUCUCGGCAGAGCCCCGCCCACAAGCCACGCCCACUCCUCACAUUCCAAGACGCAGCAAAAGAUCCCUUUUCAAGGCAUCGCCCGUCGUUCUGUACAACUGGGCUCUUUUUUAAUUUCCACUUUGACAUUAUAAAAUAUAGUCUAUUUUAUGAUAGCCUUUUAUUUUGCUUUCAUUUUUCAAUCGAUACUUUUAACUCUGAAAAUAUUUGAUGGUGUCGCGAUCGCUUUCAUAGUUCGCUUAGCAGUUGCCUGUACUGUUAUAUUUGAAUUUUUAACCUUGUACGCUCAGGUGACCAUUGCUGGAGUUAAGCUUAUGCUGGAGUGACAGCUAGUUUUUUUUAUUUUUUAUUUUUUUGUGGGAUGCAGUAAUUUUUCCAGAAGUCUGUGAUACUGCACUAGAUUUUUUUUUUUCUUUCCCAAAGUAAUUUUUGUAGCAAAAGAUUGUGAACAGGGUAUCCCCAUCACAUACAUAUCUCAGACCUGGAGUGAUGAGGUCACCGUGUGCCUCUUCGCUUUGUGGGUGUGGCUAUGGAAGGGCCAGUAGUGUGACAUGGCCUGGAUUGAUAAGUGCUUUCAGCGAAGGAAUGGGUUCAUGUUAUCGCGUGUCUGUGUGUGUGCGCAUGAUCGGAACAAUAAUGAUAGGUUUCAGAUCCAUUCCUGAACGUCGUUCUUCCUAACCCCUGGGGUGAAGGACACCUAUGCCGUAUUUUGAUCCCCACUUUAGGUGAGGCACGUGUGGUUAUAUGGUUGACUUUGAGUGAUGCAAUGUUAGUCUUUGCAUUAGAUACAGGCUGUUCUCAUGAUUUUUUUUCUAAACUUGUGUGAGACCUGCAGGUAUUAGAAUAUGACUAUCUGAUGCCAAGCGAAUGUACUGUACCACAUUGUCCUGGUGUCUUAAAAAAUGGGACCGCAGAUAUUUGCUAAAGAAAAAAUGAUGAGGGUGGAUCUAGCUGGAAACCGUAUGACGAUACCUAUCGUGCCCCCCUCCCCGCCAAGGAAGCCUGGUGUUGCAUUAUUGUGAUCAGAGAUUUGGCCAUACCCAGGUGAGUGUUCGCAGCUACAUUCAUGACCAAUUAAGGGAAACUCUUGCCUCCUUUCUACCUCUGAUGUUACCCAAUACUGCUCAGGAAAAAAAAAAAACGUCACUGUCCAGGUUAUGACUGAUGUCUGACAUUACAAUCAAGCAGUAUAAGAUUUUGAGUUUCUAGUUAAUAACUUGCCCCGCUGUUCUUAAUACUGUCUCCAUCCACGGUACAAAUAAAAGAAUGCUUUUUCAAUAUAGGCGGACCUGUUUGCCUUCACUGUGUUGUUGUAUAUGCUUGAAAUGGCCAGCGAUUAAAUAGCCAAAUCGCAGUAUGUGACCGUAUGAAGCCCAUACAGAUACGAUUUGUCAUAGUUUACCAAUAUCACUGUGGUAUGUGGGAUUUGUUGCUUUAGUGUGAAUGGUUAGAAUUAAAAAUUGUGAUGGCAUGCGUUCGAAUCCAUUUAAAAACCUCGAGAACCGUUGUCCAGUCCUCUGUGACGCAAGUGCUCUUUGAAGCAGGGAAUGUGCCACCUGCUGUGAUAGAGAGGCAUUGCAACAUAAUGCUUUUGGAAACCACACACACACACACACACACACACACACACCUUCUGAAACUGCUUGCCCCAAGUGGGG